CGGUCGUAAACCCCCUCCCGAUUUCUUCUCGCUUUGAGGAUUUUAGACCCCUCCAUGGUUCCCCUGUCGAUCUGCUGAAGGUGUUCUGAUUUGCUGACAGUUGGGUUUGCCAUGAUGAUUGCAUUUGACAUCUGAAUUUUCAGUUUGUUCGUAUAACUACACUUCUCAAGAUGAAGCCAAGUGCGACAAGAUGCAUUGCAUGUCUUGCCCCUCCCCUGCUUUUGAUGUACUCAUAGAAAAGCAAAUCUAAAUGUCAAAAACAGAAUGUCUAGACAUGUCUGUGGUUACUAAAGUUUUGAGAUAUUUCAACCAGAAAUAUGCUGAGAAUGCAGUAGCCUCUUGACCAUAAAUUCAUCUAUAAUCAAGUCAGUAUCGCAGUCAUGGACCGGGCAGACACAUCGGGCUUUGUCAGUGGGGGACGCUGCUGCGAAUCAAGAUUUGUUGCUUAUCUUGAUUUUAUAUAUUUAUCAACAAACUAAUUUCUCAUACUGUGAAGUUUUAACAAUUCACUGAUAGUAGAUUGGAGGCAUCUUCCGGCUCUAGCAGCUUUCCAAAUCCACUAUCAUUGAUUUCUCCUGCAUGCUAUUGUAACAAGCAGAAUGGAUCUUAACAUGACAGAGGUCUUCUUGCAUGGAAAAGAACCUUGCAGGAGUACUUCAGUCAUACAAACAGCUCACAUCUCCACUUGUGGCAAGAAAGACAACUUGGGUGAUACCGUAUUACGCCUUGACUGCCUCGGCCGUGGAAUUAACAACACCAGUAGAACAGUCCAUACUCAGAUCGGUUGUGAUAUUUCUUCUCAGAAUGAUGGAUGUAGGCUGGUCCUUGGACUAGGUCCAAAUCCAAAUACCUCCUGUGCUGAUUAUCAUCCAUCUGGGAUUAAUAAAACCGAACCAUCUAUGAGCUUACGUUCUUCUGGACCUGAUGCAGCAAUGUUAAAGCUGGGGCUUUCACGGGGGAAUUCAGAAACAAUCCUAGCCCUGGCCCAGAACAAUCACGAAACCCAGUCACCUCCUGCCAAAAGAAGCCUGCCUGUUCCAAUUGCCGACGAGGGUUCAACUUCAGCCAAGAGGAAAUCAGGUGGAUAUGUGCCUUCUCUACUCUUUGCUCCAAGGCUGGGGCGUCUUGAUACUAUGAAAAUUGCACCAGAAACUAGAGAUCUAUUAGACCAGGGAAGUGGUUGGAGUACCCAUAAACAUCACAUUCCUCAUCAUCAGCUUCAGUUGAGUCCUGAGCCUUCUGUCACAACUGAUGGUUCUCUGGGUGCACUCUCUGAGCCCAUGAUUGCUGAUGCUGCCACCGCUGAUACGAGGAUUCAUCGCCACCAUCCUAAGAAGUGCAGAUUCACGGGAUGUUCUAAAGGUGCAAGGGGGGCAUCUGGACUCUGCAUAGCUCAUGGAGGUGGACAAAGGUGCCAGAAACCUGGCUGCAACAAAGGAGCCGAGAGUCGAACAGCAUACUGCAAGGCCCAUGGCGGAGGGAGGCGGUGCCAGCAGCUUGGUUGUACCAAAAGCGCAGAGGGAAAGACAGACUUCUGCAUUGCUCAUGGUGGGGGCCGUCGGUGUGGUCAUCCAGGGUGCACCAAAGCAGCACGAGGCAAAUCUGGGCUGUGUAUCAGGCAUGGUGGAGGAAAGAGGUGCACCAUAGAGGGGUGCAGCCGGAGUGCUGAGGGUCAGGCAGGAUUGUGCAUCUCCCAUGGAGGUGGCCGCCGAUGCCAGUAUCCGGGCUGCGGCAAGGGUGCACAGGGGAGCACCAAGUUCUGCAAGGCCCAUGGUGGUGGUAAGAGGUGCAUCUUUGAAGGGUGCACCAAGGGGGCAGAGGGGAGCACUCCGUUAUGCAAGGGGCACGGAGGGGGCAAGCGGUGCCUCUUCGAGGGGGGCGGCAUCUGCCCGAAGAGUGUCCAUGGCGGCACCAAUUUCUGUGUGGCCCAUGGAGGGGGGAAGCGAUGCGCUGUGCCAGGAUGCACCAAGAGUGCCCGUGGGCGCACCGAUUGCUGUGUGAGGCAUGGUGGGGGGAAGCGCUGCAUGUUCGAGGGAUGUGGGAAGAGUGCCCAGGGGAGCACUGAUUUAUGCAAGGCCCAUGGCGGGGGAAAGCGGUGCUCUUGGAGCCAGGGGUGCGAGAAGUUUGCCAGGGGGAGAAGCAGUCUCUGUGCGGCCCACGGGAGCUUGAUGCUCCUGCAGCAAGAGCGCGAGAGUGGGAGCAUGAUUGGUCGCGGUCUCUUCCAAGGUAUUGUCUCUACAUCUGCAGCUGUGAAAAGCGACAUCGACGAGCACUCAUCUUCUGGCAUGAGCUCCAUAUCAGACUGCAUCGAGUCACAAGAAAGCAUGGGGAGGAGGCAGCUCAUACCACCUCAGGUGCUGGUCCCGCUCUCCGUGAAUUCCCCCUCACCAUCAUCUGGGCUGAUGGAUGGAGGCAGAGAGGGAGUAGGAAGCCACGAGAAGGGCUUUGGACUAGCGGUCCCUGAGGGAAGGGUGCAUGGUGGUGGUUUGAUGACUUUGCUUGGAGGAGAUCUCAAGAAUGCUUUUGAUGGGGGGGACGGUCUGAGCUUUGUCGGAUGAUGUUCUAAAACUCAGUUGUCCUAUUUGGAGGGAUGGAAGGGGGUUGAUUAGAAUCAGAUGUCCAUGCUUUAGGUACUGCCGUACUGCAUUUUCCUAAUUGAACUUUAUGGUUACUAGUCUUGUUUGGUUGUGUUAGUUUCCAUGUACAGUGAACUAUAUGUUAAAGGGGAUGGAAUUUUGUUUGGUACGUAUUCGGUGUAAUGAGUUCUGAAAGCUUUCAAGCCUUAAAGCUUUCAGAUUUCAAUUCUUGUGAAUAAUGGUGGUUUAGAAUAAAAACAGUUAUGUCAUAUUUUGGUCGGUUCAGUUGAUUUCCAAGUGUUUCUGCAAGAGGGAUUUCAUCAAAUAAAUUGUUAAGAAUUCUAUGAAAA